UAACUCUGCGGUCAUAUUCAUCCCCAACAAAGCCUAGACAAAUCUCUGUAAUAUUUAAUUUUUUAUAGUUUUGUUUCAAGAGCAAAAAAUGUGAAGUGACUGAUCACACGAAAUAAGAAGGUCGAAAAAGAAUCGUGAAGAUCACACGCAGUGUGGGAAUCAGUGGAAGCGAAGUUUCGAUGAGCCGGCAAUGCAAAACGGCCCAUCACGAUAACAAACGCCCAGUGGAUGGCGGCAACGAACACGUUCCGUACGGGUUCACACUAUAUAGGAACUUCAGUUCAAACGACAGACCAAAUACCGCGGACGAGCCAUUACGUGGCUCAGCGCCGCCCAAUUACGUCGCACACACGGACAGAUGUUCUGUUGGCAGUGCAAGUCAUUGCGGAUAAGCCGCGUCAUGCUCGUCCGUCAAAUUUGGUCCGUCGUGUGGACCAGCCGUGGUGGCGUACCUUACAGAGCAAAGGUAAGAUUUAUUUAGGGGCUAUUGUCGAACGAUCACUUUCGGUGAUACCAUCUUCUCCGAAAGAUUUCGCUUGACUCGGCACCGGGUGCGCCGACGUAUACAGCCGAUAGCAUUCCCGACACUGUACAAAGAUAGCGAGCUUAGCACAGCGCCAGUCUUCGCCAAAGUAAAUUAAUUAUGUGUUCAUCCAGUAAAUAGGAACUUCUCUGGAUCCCGAUCCCAUGGGAAGGCCCCAGGGGUUAUCGGUUUUGUCGUGGGAGCACUUCAUAACACUGGGCCCCUAUUCACAAUUUGUUUUAAUUGUAGCGAACGUUUUACGUGCCAAAGCCACGACCUGAUUACGAGGUCUACCGUAGUGUGAGACACCAGGAGAACUUGAACCACCUGGGGUUCUUACACAUGCACUUAAAUCUAAGUAGACAGGUUUUUUCUCAUUUCGCCUCCAUCGAAAUGCGACCGCCGUGGCCGGGAUUCGAUCCCGUGACCUCGCCCAAAAACGUUCUUACGCUAGAACUAUUCGUGAGCAGAUCCUAGCCAAUAGGCCUGUAGGUCAUAAUAUUAUAAUAGGCGGCCUACCAAUAGCAAGCAGCACUUACAAAUGAAAAGUUUUGUGAAUGAUGCAAAAUGAGUUGCAAAAUAUCCAACAUAUUGGCGAGAAGUUACCAAGUAAUAAUACUCAUCAGCGAAAGUUAGUUGACAUAUUCUGUGCACAGCAAUGGCCAACAUCUCAAGUGAAACCGGGUAGAGAAGCCUUGUACAGGUUUGUCCAUUCAGAUGGUCAUAGCACCUGUCUGUCGAUCAUUUCCUAGUGUAAUGGAGGUAAAAUGGUGUCGUUGUGCAGUUCGGGCGCUAUAAGUGUUUGCUGUCUGUCCUUACGCUGUUCUUUGCUUCAUCUUAAGUAUUAUCAAGAAUAUGAGAUGAAUGACGCCUCACAAUUGAACCACUGAAGCGUACUUGCUUUACUUGAAUGAGUGCUUACUUGUUUUGUAGCCAUGAGCGAGAACAAUAUGAACACAACAGACGCCUCAUGGGCAAGCUUCAUGCAAAAUACGAAGACAUAGCACUUACAUUUCCUGGAAAAAAAAUGAGUUUCUCCCGAAAGGCGAAGCAUUGACAGGGUUAUUAUGGUUUACCAAAAGUUUACCUAAGUAGAAAUAAGAGUACUUUAAUCUUUAAUAUGAACGCCAGCGCUUAGUAUACAUGUAAAAAAUACGGAAGUACAGGAAGAAGAAGCAGAACCGCCUAUUGUUGUUAUGCAGCCCCCGCUGUGUUUAAAAAAGAUGAAGACGUAGAUGAAGCACUAAACCAAGCGUGCUCGCGCCGGCACGUGAGGAAGAAGAAGAAGAAGAGCUGCACGCUCAAACGCUCACGUUCUCCGCUGGGUCCGCAUCGAGUCUGCAGGAAGCCACAAAAUGGAGCUCUCAGACUACAAAACGGGAACGCCACCGAGAGGCAUGCAAGACGAAAAUGUCGUCCCGACAUCGUCAAGAAAUCGUUUCCGCGCUCUGGGAAAGCUUCGACCGCGGCUUCCAGCGAUGCUGCACUUCGACAAGGAGCAGCCGCACAAGAGGAAGCGAAAGAAGUUGGCCGCCUUUUACGACGUCCACGAGCAGCCAAUUCUUAUUUUGGCCUUUCUUCUGAGCCUGCAGCACUACAUGACCGUGCAAGGCAUGACGGUGCUCCAGCCCAAGGCACUGUCCAAGUACCUGUGCACGGAUGAGGACAACCCAGCCAUCGGGCUGCUGGUGGGCUCCAGCUCCUUCAUCUCGGGCAUCGGCACGCUUGUCCAGACCACCGCUGGAGUCAGGCUUCCCGUAAUCCAGAGCGGCGCCGUGGCCCUAAAAUCCCCCGUCCUCGCCGAGCUGAAUUUUGACAGCACCCCGUGCCCGGACAACAGCACAUUCGACGACGAGGUCUGGAUGACAAGGCUGCUCGAAGUGCAGGCCAGCACAGCCGCUGCCGCCUUCACUGAGGUGUUCAUGGGCGGGCUGGGUGUGGUAGGCGUGUUCCAGCGCUGGAUCACACCUCUCACCAUGACGCCUGCCAUCGCGCUCAUCGGCCUCGACAACAUCUCGGCCGCCACAGAACCCGCGAGCACGAGCUGGACCAUAGCCGCGAUCACCGCGGCGCUCAUCACGCUCUUGUCGCACUACCUAAGACCGUGUCGACCAUCUUCGGAAAUGGCUGCCGUCAAGAGGCUGAACGACUGCAUAACAUUCUUCUCCAUCCUUCCGAUCUUCGUCACCGUAGCCAUCGUAUGGUUCGUCUGCCACUUUUUGACGGUGAACAACCUUUUCCCGCAAGGUCACGCUGGUCGAACAGAUCACAUGGCAAGCGUCAUAAGAAAUACGACGUGGUUCCGUGUUCCGUAUCCAUUCCAGUGGGGCACCCCUACGGCUCGCUGGGAGUCCAUGGUGGCCAUGGCGUUCGUCAGCCUCAUCACCAUGAUGGAGACGGUGUGCGACUACUACGCGUACGCGGUGGUGGCCGGCCUGCCUCCGCCGCCACCGCGUGCCAUCAAUCGCGGAAUAUUCAUCGAGGGCCUGGGAUGCCUGUUGGCAGGCUGCUUCGGCACAGGCGUGCUUUGCGGCUCGCAGGACCUGAACCUCGGCCUGAUCGCUCUCACCAGGUGUGCCAGCCUACGCGUGGUCCAGGUGGCAGCCGUGGUCAUGAUCGUGCUCGGGCUGAUCACCAAGGAGAGCGUGUUCAUGCUCAGCAUCCCCGCGCCCAUCGUCGGCGGGCUGCUGCUCGUGCUCCUCUCGGUCCUGACGGGCGUAGGCCUGGCGCACCUGCGUUACGUGGACUUGACCUCAUCGCGGAACGUGUUCAUCGUGGGCGUCUCCCUCACCUUGGGCAUUGUCAUACCAAUGCACGUCGGACCCGCAAGCGAGUUCACCAUGACCCGCAAGUUAUUUUCAGCUGUAUUUUGGCAAUGGCACUAUAGAUGA